GAGAGACCUAAGAGUUCUUUGGCGCCAACAUACAAUAUCAUCCCUGUUUGGAAAGCAGGUUAUACAGGAAAAGGAAUACUAGUGGCAGUGGUUGAUGAUGGUAUUGAUGGCAGCCAUCCUGAUCUGCGUGAAAACUAUAAUUUAAAAGCAAGUUAUGAUUAUUUGGAUUCAAAACCAGCUCAAUUUGGGAAUAAAGUACCAGGUCAUGGUAACCGCUGUGCUGGAAUCAUAGCUGGAGUAGCAAAUAAACUUUGUGGGGUGGGAUUGGCAUACAAUGCUAAAAUUGCAGGUGUUCGCCUCUUUGGUCCUGGAGAAACAACAACUGAUGCACUUGAGGCCAAGGCAUUAGUGCAUGAACAAGGAAGUGUUGACAUUUACUCCAACAGCUGGGGACCCGAAAGCAGAGGGUUUGAAAUCAAGGGUCCUGGGCUUUUGACAAUCAAAGCUAUGGAAUAUGGAAUAGACAGGGGUCGUGGUGGUUUGGGUGCCAUCUACACGUUUGCAGUUGGAAAUGGUGGCCGUUUAGAUAGCUGCGCAUACAAUGGUUAUGUGAAUAGUAUUUACACCAUCGCUAUCACUGGUGUGAACCAAGAUGGCUCCAAACCAGUAUACGCUGAGGAAUGCGCCGGAAUCAUGGCUACCGCCUACAGUAAAGAUAGUAGAAAAAACAGCGGAAACGUUGUGACCAUAGAUGCUCAAGUUGGAUGUGUAAACAAUUUUGGGGGCACAUCAGCGGCCAACGCUAUGGCUUCAGGACUGAUUGCUCUAACUUUGCAAGCAAACACUCAUUUAACUUGGCGUGACGUACAACAUAUCAUAGUUUACAGUGCAAGAUGAGCGCCAGGCGUGAUGGGUACCCCUCUCAAGCAAGGAGAUUGGGUCGAGAACAAAGCGGGUUUGUUUGUCAGCCCGGUUUACGGCUUUGGACUCAUGGACGCUGGCAGGAUGGUCAGCCUAGCAAAAAACUGGACGAGAGUACCUCGGCAGGAGAAAUGUGAGAUCAAAGGCACAGAUACGGAUAAGCAUAUCCCAGAUACAGUUUCAAUAACAGUGAGGGACUGUCCGAUAAAAUUCCUGGAACAUGUGCAGAUAAAAGUAGACCUUGAUUUUCUUUACCGGGGCGAUUUACUUCUCCAGUUGACGGCUCCAAGUAAUACAACAUCUCCAUUGACGAGAAGGCGUGCAUUUGAUCACCACGUGAAAUUUCAAAACUUGACGAACUGGGUCAUAACAACUCUUUUUCAAUGGGGAGAAAAUCCUUUUGGGACCUGGAAACUUAGGAUGUCAGGUUUGGACCCAAACUACCGAAGCACAGGCACUCUUCAUAGCUGGUCAUUGUUUUUGUAUGGAACGAGGGACUUUUAUGCGCUCGUGACGAUUCCUGAAACGCGCCCAACCAGACCAACAAGAACAGUUUCUACAACAAAAGAAAAGCUUCCUACUGAUGACGAUAAUGAUGAUCACAGUGCCGGCAAAGUUGGUGAGGCUAAUCUAGCUUUUACUUCUCUCAUAUAGCUUUCCUGUCAAGCAAACAACUUAGAACGUGAUUUGGUGUUACACACCCCUUUUUUUCCAUAAUCACAAUUAUUGGCAAACAAUCAUUGAUAAAUAGAAUGAGAAAGACGAUGAGUUUUGAGCUCGGUAAAAAAUAGAGAAAGACGUUUUUCGUCUCAUCACGAGCGUAGUACAAAGAAAACCUCUGCUUCCUUAUGAGGAAUCGAACCUCAGACCUUCAGAUUCCGCGCUACGAUGCUCUUCCACUGAGCUACAGCGACUCGGGUGAGCAAGGCUUGUUGCGAAGUUCACAUACGACAGGUGUCUAGCAUACUGCCAGGAUCGGCAAUGUCAAUAGGUCUCAGUAUGGUCAUGUUUUGUAAAUAGAAUAAGAAAAGGGGGUAGGGGGUGAGUUUUGAGCUCGGU